CCCCCGUUUGUUCUUGCCGCCAUUUUGUUCAAAGGUGCAUGAAAAACAGGAAGAAGCARGCUCUGAACAAAAAUACGACCAAAUCUACAUUCAUACUGACCUAACUGAAAAUGUUUUCAUCUGGCACAACUGCCUUUGGAGCCGGCACGACUAAUUUCAGUGGGUUUGGCGGUGGCGUCAGUACGACUAGUAAUACUUUAGGGUUAGGUACAUUGGACAAUCCAAUGAAGGACAUCGCGGUACAGUCGCCUCCAGAUGACACAAUCAGUGCUAUUCGCUUCAGUCCUAUAGCUGAUUUUCUCAUUGCUUCAUCUUGGGCUAACGAUGUUCGUUGUUGGGAAGUCAAAGAAAAUGGCCAAACCAUCCCUAAAGCACAAAAGACUCACUCAGGACCAAUAUUAGACUGUGCUUGGCAUAAUGAUGGCACCAAAGUAUUUACAGCUUCAACAGAUAAACAGUGUAAAAUGUGGGACCUUAACUCUAACCAAGACAUCCAAGUUGCACAGCAUGAUGGCCCAGUCAGAACGUGCCACUGGAUACAAGCAUCAAACUAUAACUGCCUCAUGACAGGAAGCUGGGAUAAAACCCUAAAGUUCUGGGAUCUAAGGUCGCCAAACCCCAUGCUAACUCUACAGUUGCCCGAGAGGUGUUACUGUGCAGAUGUUGUAUACCCAAUGGCUAUUGUCGGCACUGCACAAAGAGGAAUAAUCUGUUAUCAGCUAGAAAACCAACCAUCUGAGUACAGGAGAAUUGAAUCCCCCUUAAAGUAUCAGAAUCGGUGUGUGAGUAUCUUCAAAGAUCCUAAGAAAAAUAACCAGCCAGUUGGAUUUGCCUUGGGRUCAGUUGAGGGAAGAGUUGCCAUCCACUUUAUUCAGCCACAAAACCCGAAAGAUAACUUCACAUUUAAGUGUCACAGAUCAAAUGGAACAGGUGCAAGCAAUGUCCAAGAUAUCUAUGCAGUAAAUGACAUAGCUUUCCAUCCUGUACAUUUUUGCCUUCUUGCCACUGUUGGCUCUGAUGGAAAAUUUAGUUUCUGGGACAAAGWUGCUCGCACUAAACUUAAGACCUCAGAACAGCUCAAUCUUCCCAUUACCAGCUGUUGCUUUAAUUCRAAGGGAAACAUAUUUGCCUAUGCAUCUGGAUAUGACUGGUCAAAGGGACACGAGUGCUAUAAUCCUCAAGUCAAACCAAAAAUAUUUCUGCGAAGUUGUGCAGAAGAGCUCAAGCCAAGGAAAGGAAAAUAAGGAAUGACAAACACAAAUCAUCACCUUAUUUAAUCUUGUCAUCAUAAUAAAACCUUGGUGUUGCCUAACAUCUAUCUUAUGUAGCAAAAGACAUUCACCACAGAUAGCCUAACAAUACUGUUUGGCCAGGAAGUUGGACAGAUGUGCUUAUUUAAAGCCCCAAAACACAAAGCAAAAGAGUUGUUAAGAAGUAAUGUAUCGAUGUUGAGCCAGUAGUAUGAUGACUGCACUCACAUAACGUUCUCUCGAUUUAGAACUGGGCUUGAUUCUCAGGCUUAAAUCCUUACACUUAGCUGGGCAUGUUAGAAAUCAGCCAAACAAAACAGGGAAAAUAGCACUUGUGCUACAAGCUCUGUGGUCUAAAAUGAGAAAGGAUAAAGGAGAGAAAAACUAAUCAAAAAGGGAAAGAGGGAAAAAAAUGUUUUUCUGUAUCUUUGACAUCUAAUAUAUGAGAAUUAUAUGUGUUAAUACUCUGUAGGAAAAGCUCAAUUCCAUAUAUAAAUUCAAUUUUUUUUUGACAAAAAAUCCUGUAUAGUUUUUUAACUGACGAUGUACAGAUGAAAUCAACAUAUUUAAACUUUGUUAUUCUAUUUUCAUUUCUCGUUGCAUUGACAAAAAGAGAAGAAAAAAGAUGGAAAAAACCAUUGCAUAAUGAAGAUUCUAUAUUUUGAUUUCUGUGCUGAUUAGAGAGGGCGGCCGGCUUGUUGUAUGUAUCCUGCAUGUAAUAAAUAUGUAAUUGCACGAAUAAUAUACAUGAAGAAUUUA